UUUAGUGACCGAUCAUGCGGAUAUGAGUCGUGCCCGAAACCGAAGAAAAAUAUGUUGAACGUCCACCUGGUGCCACAUACGCACGACGAUGUGGGUUGGCUGAAGACCGUCGAUCAGUACUACUAUGGCAGUGAAACGAGCAUUCAGAAGGCCGGCGUGCAGUACAUUAUCGAUUCGGUCAUACAGUCGCUGCUGGACAACUCCGAGCGUAAGUUCAUCUACGUCGAAUCAGCGUUCUUCUUCAAAUGGUGGUACGAGCAAACGGAGGAACUGCAGCAGCAGGUCAAACAGUUGGUGAACGAGGGACGCCUGGAAUUCAUUGGCGGAGCAUGGAGUAUGAACGAUGAGGCGGCAGCCCAUUACCACAGCAUCGUGGACCAGUUUACCUGGGGUCUGCGCAAGCUGAACGACACGUUCGGGGCAUGUGGACGGCCAAGGAUCGGAUGGCAGAUCGAUCCGUUCGGACACUCGCGCGAACAGGCAUCGCUGUUGGCGCAGAUGGGCUACGAUGGGCUGUUCUUUGGCCGGCUCGACUACCAGGACAAGGAGGAACGCAUGAACCACAAACGGGCGGAAAUGAUUUGGCAGACCAGUGCCAACCUGCACGAUGAUGAGCUGUUCACUGGGGUGCACUACAACCUGUACCAAGCGCCGGCCGGGUUCUGCUUCGAUAUCCUGUGCUCCGACGAGCCGUUCAUCGAUGGGCGCUAUUCGGCGGAGAACAACGUCAAAGCCAAAGUCGACAAGUUCCUAUAUUACGUGGAUCAGCAGGCUCAAAGCUACCGUACGAACAACAUCCUCCUCACGAUGGGUGGAGAUUUCACCUUCAUGGACGCUAACGUGUACUUCAAAAACAUGGACAAACUGAUCAAGUACACCAACGCACGGCAAGCGAGUGGUACGAACGUGAACGUGUUCUACUCCACACCGUCCUGCUAUCUGAAGGCACUGCACGAUACAGGAAUCACGUGGCCUACGAAGAGUGACGACUUCUUCCCUUACGCUUCCGAUCCCCACUCGUACUGGACCGGGUACUAUACGUCUCGACCGACCAGCAAGCGCUACGAGCGGGUCGGAAAUCACUUGCUGCAAGUUUGCAAACAGCUUACCGCACUGGCCCCGUCUCGGGAGGAACACAUGGAACCACAUCUGACGGUGCUGCGGGAGGCGAUGGGUGUGAUGCAGCACCACGAUGCCAUCACCGGGACCGAAAAGCAGCACGUGUCCGACGACUACACCCGUAUGAUGCACCGAGCGAUGGGAGCUUGCGAAGUCAACACCCAGGCAGCUCUGAAUCAAAUCGUCGAUCCCCAAUUCCGUCGGGCACGGGCGCAUCCUCUUGAUCGGGAACCCGCACCGGAACCAACUUACAAGUUCGCCUUUGAAUCCUGUCAUCUGCUGAAUGUAAGCAAAUGUGAACUGACGGAGUCGAAGGAUAGCUUCACCGUGACGCUGUACAAUCCGCUCGCCCAUGCUAGCCAUCAGUAUGUGCGCGUUCCGAUCACCGGGGCCCGAUACGUCGUGCGAGACUAUCGCAACGUAGAGGUUCCUUCGCAGCUCGUACCGAUUCCUGAGACGGUACAGAGCAUCAGCUAUCGGUUCAGCAACGCAACCACGGAACUGGUGUUUCUCGCCAACGAGCUACCCCCACUGGGCUUCAAAUCAUACUUUGUGACCCGUGCCAUGGACUCAGUGGAUGAUUUCGUGCACCAACCAGCGCAAGAACCAGCGACCCCAGAGAAACCGUCUAUCCCCGCGAAACAGUGGCAGCAAGAGGAGGUUACGAUCGGCAACCAAUACCUUAACAUCAACUUCGACAGCAGCGGCUUCAUGAGCUCGAUCACCGUCGAUGGAGUAACGAACCGGCUCCACCAGACGUUCGUGUAUUACGAGGGAGCUCUCGGUAAUAAUGCCGAGUACCAAAACCGAUCGUCGGGCGCGUACAUCUUCCGCCCGAACGGGACCGAGAAAAGUGUCACCGAAACCGUGCAGCUAACGGUGGUGAAAGGACCCACCGUCCAGGAGGUCCACCAGGUGUUUAACGAUUGGAUCAGUCAAGUGGUCCGAGUGUACGCCGAUGAAAAUCACAUCGAGUUCGAGUGGAUGGUCGGUCCGAUUCCGGUCGAGGAUGGCAUUGGGAAGGAGAUCGUGUCCCGAUUCUAUACCGCCACCCAGUCCAACGGUGUCUUCUGGACCGACUCGAACGGGCGUGAAAUGAUGAAGCGCGUGCGCAACCACCGAGAUACCUGGAAUGUGGAUCUCUUGGAGAAAGUGGCCGGUAACUAUUACCCCGUGACGGCCCGGAUUGCGCUCGAAGAUCCAAACCUUCGACUGGCCGUGUUGAACGACCGGGCACAGGGUGGCUCGAGUUUGGAGGAUGGUUCGCUUGAGUUGAUGGUGCAUCGACGGUUGCUCCACGAUGACGCGUUUGGGGUUGACGAAGCGUUGGACGAAACCGAGUUCGGCCGGGGACUGGUAGCGCGCGGUAAGCAUUGGGUCAUCUUUGGUCCAAAAACCUCCACCAGCCCUACGCUCGAGGCUCGGGAGCGAUUCCUGCAGAACCAGGUACUGCUGCCGAACUGGCUGUUUUUCAGCGAUGUGAGCAACGUCAACUACGAAGACUGGCAAAAGCAGUACACCAACAUUUACUCUGCACUCUCACUGUCGCUGCCGCUGAACGUACACCUGCUUACGUUCGAACCCUGGCACGAUAAUAGUAUUCUGGUCCGCUUCGAGCACCUCCUGGAGGCGGAUGAGGAUCCACUGUACUCCGCACCGGUGCGUUUCAACGUCCAGGACGUGUUCCGCCAGUUUAGCAUCGAAGAGGUGCGCGAAACCACGCUUGCUGCCAACCAGUUCAAGGAGGACUCCAGCAGGAUGAAGUUUAAGCCCGAUCCUUCGUACAUCGUUUACGGGUCCGAUACCGGAAGAUCCUCGCAUGUGGACCCAGCUCGUUCUGCGCCUCGGCCGCGAAGUGAGGCUGAUACUGGACGAAACAUUGCCGACGAUGGUUUCGAGAUCGUGCUCAAUCCGAUGCAGAUACGAACGUUCAUCUUUCAGCUAGAGUACCGGCCAUAGACCAGAGAGACUGCACAACCUUAGUAAUAAGUUCUUUCUGUUUUUCUCUGUAGCAAAAUAGAAUGCAUUUUGAA